ACAAAAAUCCUGAUAACUAACAGGAUUUGUUGCGUGGGGAGGUUGGUUAAAACGCACUUUGAUGGGUUGUUAUUUGUGUUGAAGAAAAGGGUGUUUGAAAAAAAAGGGGGGGAUCCGCCCAUCUCGAGUGUCUCCGUACCAAGUUUAGCUCUCGCCGUAACAACAUACACGGUAGGGUUGAAGAAACCUGAACUGGAUAGGAUUACGCACUCUGAACGCAGUUCGUGCUGCCUUUUUUUUUUAAAUCGAGUAACUGUCACCUUCCAUUUGUCCACCCCCAAUCGAACAGAAACAAAAAGGGGUGACGUAUAUUUGAGACCAAAGAAAACCACAAAAAAAAAAAUGAGCGUCGGCGUAGGAAUGGGAAUAGGACGGGGUCAUGUGACACUAGGUCACAAUGUGAACCUCAUCAGUAGCAAGACAACCAGUUCUGCUAGCGAUCGAAACGAUGGCCUGGAUGGCAUCAUUGAACAUGACCAAAUCAGUCCCACCUGGUCUGUGCAGUGUUGGGACACGUUGGGCGAUCAAGUGGAUCAUUUGAUCCUGUUGCCCGAGCGCGCUCUAACGAUGGAUUCGGGUUGGUUGCAAGCGGAUUUGGCCGAGAUUCUGGCUCACUCGGUCAUAGGUCACGGCAGGGGAGACAGUAGAGACUAUUCCCUGACCCCCUUCUUGUCCCACCCACACGACCGGUCCUCAUUGUCUCAUGACGCCAACGAUAGUUGGCUAGCGCACAGCAGGAGACGCUCUUUAGACUGGAGCUCGGUCAAUCCUUCAAGCCAACCACAAUCUCCUUUUGUUGCUAUAGCCACAUCACCCGACCCAGGGCAGGAGAGCUGUUCAGCAACAGCCGCAGCAGCAGCAGCAGCGUCGGCCAUCCAGCGGGAGGAGCGGUCCAAAGUGUUGAGAGAGCGGCAGAACGAGGAGCGCCAGCGCAAGUUGGAGGAGCUGAAACAACAAGCGUUGGCGACACAAAAGUUUCGCGAACAACAAGAAGAGGAGCGCCGCCGACGAAUGGAGGAGCAGCGCCUGCGCGACCUGGAGCGCCGCACCCAGGUCGAAGAGCGCAAGAAAGCCAUCCUGGAAGCGGAACGCGAACGGCGGGAGGCCAUGCUGCGGCGCAGCGAAGAUCGCGGCAUCCGGCAGGAGUUGAAGAGACGCAACGAACGCGGAUCCAUCGCCUUUGCUUUCGGCAGUUCCACGCCCAGGAUGCUGGAACCUGUCGACAGCUGCUCAAGUUAUUGGGGUUCCAGAAGGGCCACGUCAACCACCAAUGUCAUGUCUGCCUCCAGUCAUGGACGCGUCAUGUUGAAUGAGACAACCACGCCCAACGGCGGUGGCAACAACAACAAACUCCGGGCCUCUUCAGUCUUUGGACUCGAUCAGAAUCAAGAUGACGAAAGCGACGGCAAGCGAAUGAGUCAAGAAGUUGAAUGGGCAAAUAGCCGUCGAGCGUCAGAAGCGAUGACGUCGUCUUCGGUGAGAGGGACUAGCGUUGGCGACACGAUUUCGGCUCUUGGCCAACAAUGCCAGCCCGCCGAGGUCUACCACCCGUCGAUCCACCGCCACAACAAUAGGUGGUCGGCUGGGCGACCUCAUACGAGCUCACUCUUUGGUGCUGGAUGUUUCUUUUUAGGCGACGACUUGAUGACUCAGUCGACGUCGGCCGUGCAAGGUGGGCGGAGGAAGCGGACGGAUUUGAUUCCGACGAUUCCCGUCCACCGGGGCGAAGGCGACCGGUCGCCGCGCUCUCCGCUCUACGCUUCCUCAUCAGGCGCUUCGUCCAGCCGGGGAUCCGUCAGCCGCUCAACAGGUAUGUCGGUCUCACUGUCGCGACUGGACCAACUGUCGCAACCGCGCCGUCGACUUUCGCAAAAUCAAUUGCCCUCGCCCUCCACCGCCCCCCUCCAGCCUUUGCACGAAACAGAAACCCCCCAACAUGCCACUAUACAGUCAGUCUCUUCUAACAAACCGGCCCACACCGCUACCCGGUCGUCUCGACCCGCAACCCGAACGUCAGCGACACCCGCCCCGUCGUCUUCUGCAGGAACGAUUGCAGCACGCGGCAAUCGCAGCAUGUCUAAAAGCAUGUCUCAUUUGGCUCCUGGCCGUCCUUCUCCUUGCAAAGAAAGCGCUUCGUCCGCAACCGACAGAUCGACGACACCUCGUAACGGUGCGACGACAACAACAACGACACGAGCUGAACGAUUGCGCCAAAAAGCGCGACAGCACGCGCCGUCGCAACGACCUCAUCAUGGUCUACGGAGUGGAGAUAUAACACCAUCCUCGCCGACGAGGCCUCUGAGUGCCUUGAGUCAAGUCAGCAGCGUCAGUACCACAGUGGCCAGCAGUACGGCCAGCGUCAGUGGACACGUCCGAGCACGUACCGCUCCUGCCGGAGGCAGAAAACCACGUCCAGUGAGCAUAGCCGGAACGGGCAUGUCGCUCAGCGAGGCGGCUCGGGCUUCUCGGGCAUCGCGAGAAAACAUUAGCCGCGAGCGGAGUAAAGAAAUCAAGGAGAAAGAAAACGAGAGAACUAGACAGACACAGCCGACACAUGCGACGCCACGUCCGGCCAGAGCGCGAAGCGCCGACAUGCGUAAAGACAACAAUAACGCGACCCAGCAAGCCAACAAGAGUCCCGAAGGCAGCGCUCCGUCGCAACAGCAGCCGAGCAACGCCAAACGGCCAAGCCGAGAGGCCAGAAGUGGCACGUCUUCGGCGGCCAAAGAUGCGAAAACGCCCGCCAAGGCUUCGACCGAGUCCGCUAAAAGCGCCAAAGGAGCCAAGACGGACGACGUGGCGAGCAAGUCCAACAAAUCGGCCGCCCCUACAUCGAAGAAGGCAGAGGAUGAGGCGGUCAAAGCGGAACUGUUGCACGUGCCACAGGUGCAAGUCGCCGUUCCGGAAGUCGAUGUUCAAUCAGAGUCGAAAGAGGCCGACGUCAAAGUGGAUGAAAGCGACAGUUGCGCAACCGUUGAUGUCUUACCCGCAGUCGUUGCCGAACCCGAUUUAGUUUCGAUGACGGAGUCCGUCGAUUCGCGGGAAGUUGAAAUUCCGGAAAUGAACAACGACGUCGUCGUCGUCGUACCCACAUCGGAAAUGUCGCAUAAUGAAGGGCAGGUAUCGGCCGAUUCACUUCCGUCCGGGGCGACUACGCCAUCGGAGACGGGCUCGAUUUCGAGCGAUUCAAUGCCGUCGUCGUUGCAAUCGUUGCAAUCGCGUAAGAUCAUCUCUUCCGAGGAGGAAGCCAGAGCGGCUCUUGCCGAGAAACGUCGUCUGGCCCGCGAACAGAUGGAGCGCGAAGCCGAACGAGAGCGCCUUAGAGCUGAAGAGGAACGCCGCCUUGAAGAGGAGCGACAGAGGCAAGAGGAACUCGAACAGAAAUUGGCCGAGGAAGAGAUGGACAGACUGGCGCUGGAAGCCCGUAAAGCUGAAGAGGAACGCCUUCAAAAAGCUAUCGAGGAAACCCAGCGCCGCGAAGAAGAAGAGCGCCUCCGCCGGGAGGAGGAAGCUCGCCAGCGCAUCGAGAAGGAACAACAGGAUCGCAAGGCCCGCGAGGAAGCGGAGAAGCUGCGCAAGGAGAACGAGGAGCGCUUGCGUCGCGAGGAGGAAGAGCGACAAGAGAGGCGGAAGCGGGUGGAAGCCAUCAUGGCGCGGACGCGCGGCAAGAGCAGCGGCCCACCGUCGGGCAACAACAAGAGUGGCAACGAGCUCAAUAACGCGGUGAGCGGCGGGCAGUCAACUAGCGACGUGACCAACGUGGGCGGCAUCAGCAACAGCAUCAGCCAACCUGAUUUGCUGGGCGACAUUGUAAAUAAAACAAGCAACGGCUCAAACGGCGACGACAGCAACAGACAGUCGUCCUUGUCGGCAGACGACGAUUCGCUGAUGGACGACGACACGACGAAGAAGAACAACGGCUUCCAUCACCAUCACAAGAAUAUCGACGCCACCGACUUCACCCCUUCCCUAGCCAGCACGACCAGUGAUUUACCCGACAUCUCGAACGUCACCGCCAACGCUGACAGCGUCAACUCGAAUGCCAGUACCAACAACAUAACCGCCGAAGUCGAGCACGUCGAAUUUUUAGCUUGAAAAGUUUAGACUUUCGACUUAUUUGUAAUUUUCUUUUCUUUUUUUUUUUUUUUUUUUUUCGCUCUUUUCUUUUCUUUCCUUUCCUUUUUUUUUUCGUUUUUUUUUUUAAACGUCGUUUAUCCAUUUCUUAAUAUCUUGGUAGACGAAGAAUGAAAGAGAGAGGGGCUCAGCGCGCUGAGAGACGGAUCAAUCACGGCCAUUGUUUUCCUUCAUUUUUCUUUUAAAAGAAUUUAUUUAAACGUGAAGAAAAAUCAAAUGUAGAUGAACUGCUCUUCCUCGCUCUGAAUAAGUCUCUCCAUUUUGUUUUGUUUUUUUUGUUUUUCAAUUGGUAACCAAAAUCGAUUUCUUUUUCUUUCUUUUUUUUAUUGUAUUCCAACACGUUUGGCCGCGGGCUUUAUUAGCAAAAAGAUUUGUUUUUGUCUUCGUGAGGAAAAUUGUGUGCUGAAAAAGAAAAAAAAGAGUUGCAGCUGAUUAACUAUUUUCUUCUUUCCCCCCACUGCGAUCGCGGUCGAUUAGUUUUUAACUAUUUUCAUAAACAUCUGCAUGUCUAUGUUCGGACGAGACUUUCAUUUCCCCCUUUUUCUAUCAAACUGCCUCUUUCUAGGAUGUUUAUAGCAUUCUUGAUUCAAUUCUUAUAUACUUUCGAAAUGUAUUUUUCGUCCCCUUUAGGUUUCCCUACGCUUUGUCCAUGUUUCUCUUUGCCCCUUCAUAGAAGAACCUAUACCUUUCAAUGUGUAACAAUGAAGGUGUGUCCGCCCGUUUUACCCCACUCCAUCCCCUUUCUCGUGCGUGUUUUCGAGUGCGUAUUUUUUUUUUUUUUUUUUUCAUUUUUUUUUUGUCACCAGGAUUGGAGAGUUUCGAAGUUGUGAUGAAGGGAGAAGUGUCUUUAGAACUUUAAAAAGAUAAAAUAAAACAGGAAACGAGUUCCAAGAAAUGAAUUAAUGUGUACAACCCCUUCACACUCGUUUUUCUCCGGCGUGUUGGAGUAUAAGAUGAAUAAACUCUUGUAAUCUCAA